GCUCUCAGCGCUGCAGAGCGGGCGCCCGAUGCCGGGACCAGGCGGGGAGCCCCAUGCCGCGCGGUGAGCAGCUGCGUCCCACCGGGCUGUGGGAGCCGUGAGUCGGCCGGGAGAAGAUCCUGCCAUGCUGGGGGCACCAGGGUGGCCCGGUGGACGGGCACUGUCACAGGACCCCGGCGCGCGGGGAGCCCCCGGAGCGUCCUCCCUGCCGUGCUGCUGCUGGCCCUCUGCCUGGGCCCGGCCGUUCUGACCGAGGAGCCGACGGAUCCUGAUCCGGCCCUCAGGCUCAACAUGACGUUCAACCCCACGUCAAGGACACUCUCUUGGAGCUGUCUGGAAAAUGCCACUGACGUCAGGUGUAAAAUGAUUUCUGAUGAAAUGGAGCCCACCGAGGUAAUGAUGAGGGCCACAGGCUGCAGGUGCACCUUUAACUACAUGCUGCUGCACACAGGGGUGAGAUUCGAGGUGCACGCCACCGUCCAGGGGGCGUCCGUCCGGGAGGAGCUGCGGUACCCCAACCCAGGGCUCAAGGACAGCGCCGCCCGCAACCUGUCCUGCUUCAUCUACGACGCGAGCUACCUGAACUGCACGUGGGCCCGCGGCCCCGCCGCGCCCCAGGACACUCAGUACUUCCUCUUCAUAGCAAACACCAGGACGCACGCGCAGCAGGAGUGUCCCCUCUACACCCUGGAAGCGCAGACCCACACCGGCUGCCACCUGCGGGACCUCUCGCUCCUGGGCUUCAACAACUACGUUCUGGUGAACGGAACCAGCGCGGAGAACGCCGUCCAGUUCUCUGAUUCCAUUUGGAACACAAAGCAGAUAGGCUCCGAUGCCCGGGAUCCUCAGGCCCUGCGCCUCUACGUCCCAGUGGUGCUGAGCACCCUUGUGUGCGCCCUGGUCCUCGGCUUCCUGUUUAAAAGGUUCCUUGGGGUCCGCGGUCUGUUCCCCCGUAUCCCGCAGGUCAAGGACAAAGUGAGUGACGUGGACGGAGCUGCUGCCCGGGUGCCCUGGGAGGACGACGCCCUCGGCCUGGGGAAAGCCGAGUGUGAGGAGGUCCUGAUGGUGGAGGAGGUGUCCUGAGCCUGCGAUGAUGGCAACCAUGAUGGUGGCGGGGAGAUUUCCCAGAGCCUGCACUGCCCGGGCACUUGGGGCCUUGGUGUCUGGAGCACUUAUGUGGCUUUGUUUUACUUUUUAAAAUGCUCUUUUGUAAA